GUCUGCACCACUCAGGUGGACCAGCACAGUGAGAUCAAGAGUCCCCAGGAGCCAGACCCCCAGGUGCCCCUGACGGAGCCUGCGGUAACCAAGCCAAGCUCGUCAUGGAGCCCAACGAUUUCGACUCUGACGACAAGGAGCUGCUGAGCUGGGACAUUAACGACAUGAAGCUGCCGCAGAAUGUGAAGAAGACUGACUGGUUCCAGGAGUGGCCUGAUUCCUAUGUGAAGCACAUCUACAGCUCAGAGGACAGGAGUGCACAGCGCCACCUGAGCAGCUGGGCCAUGCGGAACACCAACAACCACAACUCCCGCAUCCUCAAGAAGUCUUGCCUGGGCGUGGUGGUCUGUGGCCGAGAUUGCUCCACCAAGGACGGGCGCAAGAUCUACCUGCGGCCCGCCAUCUGUGACAAAGCCCGACAGAAACAGCAGCGGAAAUGCUGUCCCAACUGCAGCGGGCCUCUGAAGCUGAUCCCCUGCCGAGGCCACGGCGGCUUCCCGGUCACCAACUUCUGGCGGCAUGACGGACGCUUUAUAUUUUUCCAGUCAAAGGGACAGCAUGAUCACCCGAGGCCAGAGACCAAGUUAGAAGCCGAGGCCAGGAGAGCAGUGAAGAAAGUCCAUGCGGUGCCUCCCUCCGUCUCCAUCAAGCGGAAGGGGAGCCCGGAGACCAAGUCUCCUUCAACUAAAAGGCCAAAUCAAGGAAGUUUACCUUUAACUUGGUCAUUCCAGGAAGGCGUCCAUUUGCCCACUAGUCACAGUGGACAUUUAAUGGCUAACGCUGCCCAGCAGAACCCUCUGAAUGAUUGCUUGCCCUUUCCCAAGAGCUACGGGCCGGGAGGACCCAUGGACACCACAGAUCUGGCGAGCCUGCCGUCCACCUUGGACUCCGCUAAGCUCUAUGAAAAGUGCAAGCUGUCUGACAGUCGGAUCCACAGCAGCGGAGACCUGUUUCCGCCUCCCGCACCUGGAGUCUACACAGAUUAUGACGACCUGCAAGCGUGGAGUAAAGCCUCCGCGCUGGGGAGAAAUUCUCUCACUGACAGCUGUUGCCCCAGUUACCCUUUCCCUCUGACCAACUGGCCUUGCGACUUCUUUCCUUCCCAGAACUCUUUGGAGACUUUACCCCCGCAGAUUCCAUUGGAGCCACCUGCAUCCAAACCCAGCUGCCACCCUCUGUGGCCAAAUCCAGGAAGUGAUGUUUAUGAAGAGAAAAUACCUGUAGAUUUCAACAGCUACGUGCCCUCGCUCACAUACCCUGCUCCGCAGGAAGACCCCUUCCUGCUCACAUACACGGCUCAUCCCCACCAGCAGUACUCACUGCCGGGCAAGAGCAGCCGAUGGGAGUUUGAUGAAGAGGUGACGUGCAUGAGUUUGGAUCACUGCAACAGCGAAAUGCUUCUAAACCUCUGCCCUUUGAGAUGACUCUGAGCCUCCUCAUACUGCCCCCAAGAAGCUACUUUUGGAAAUGUCUGGAAGAAUUUCUUGUUUUCCAAAUAUAACUGCAGGUAAAUGGGACUCAACAAGCAAUAGGCGAGACUUCUUUGCUCCUGCAAGAAACUUUUGUGCCUCUUAACACUCUCCUCCUGGGCCAGGAACAGACAGUCAUCCAAUGUGCUGUGUCAAAUGCUCGCUGGUUUCCCUUCUGCAGAGUCUCAGUUGGUUAUGUAUUGGGUUCUCAUUGUCCUAACACGUAUCACAUGGACAGAGAUGGGCAAAGCCCAUCUCCUUAGGACUCAUCUGUGCCUUCUUGGGAACUGAAAAUGAGGGGUCAGAUCCUCUUUGCUAUUUUCUUGUCGGUGAGACAUAAUUCCAACACCCACAAUUUAAGGGAGAGGAGGCUUGCUUUGGCUCACAUUGUGAUCCAUAGUAAGCCUGCUCUGAGAAAGAAAUAUUAUGACAGAAGGGCAUUGAGGAGGAGAAGCUGCCCGUGUCAUCAUGUGGGAGAAGCAGAGAGAAUCAAGUGAGGAAUCAGGGUGAGAGCUGCACCCUCCUCAGUCAGUGAAAACCUCUUCCAAUGAGACUGUACCUCUUAAUAGCAAGUCAGCUGUAAUAUCCCCAAAGCCUCAUGUAAGAUGAGAACAUCUAGAUAUGAUCCAUAACAUUCUGCUCCUGCUCUCCUUAGGUAAAAGGCGUUAAGUUCGUCUCAAGGGUUAAAAGUCUUAACAGAUUUAGCAUCGCUGAAAGGUCGAAAGUCUCCUCUGAGACUUAAAGCAAAUGCGUAGCUGUGAACCCCUGUAAAUAUUAGAAGUUAAAUGCUUCCAACAUACUAUGGCAUAGGAUAAAUAUUCCCAUUCCGAAAAAGGAGGAACAGAGGGCUAGAAACCAGUAGAACCAAAGCAAGAUCGAAACCCAGUGAGGCAAGCAUUAAACCCCACCCAGUAGCUCCAAGUCCAGCACCUGGGGCAAGUUGUAGCAAUGGGAUGUGAAAGCCAAAGGCCAUGGAUGACACCAUCCCUGAGGCACUGCUGCUGGUGGUAGCUCUCAUGGCUUUUCCACUGAGCUGGCUUUGCUAACUCCUGGCAGCUUCCCUUAGCAGUUAGCCACAUUCUCAGCUUCUCCAAACUUAUGGGGUCUCCUCUGUACCUUCAGCUUCAUACGCAUAACUUUAUACGCUGCCAUCUCAGGGACACAGUGCCUGGCCCCCGGGGCCUUCUUUUGCAAUCUGGAUGGAAGCUUUGCUGACCUCACAGUUCUUGCAUUCUUCAUGCUCAUAAAAUCUAAAACCACAUGGACAAUGCUAAGGUCUGCGGCCAGCUAGAAUAGUAGCCAAGCCCACUUGAAUUAUGAUUACACAAGUCUCUGUGUGCCUGAGUGGCUUAACGAUAGUAGCCUGGUCCCAGGCAUCCAGUCACUUAGGUGGCCAUUCUGGAGCAUCAUUAGCUGGGACUCUCUGAACAAAGUAAAGUCUUUCAUUUUUGCAAUUUUGAGCCAUGAGAGAGGCCUUGUCUGUUCCUCACAUGCCCUCUGCCCACUUUAUUGUCCUCCUGUAAAGUUCUUGGCUUCUCUCUUUUUAUGUUUAUUAGAACAUGUUCAGUAAUGCAGUUUAUGAUGAUCUCAGGGAGUGGAUACAUGAACAUAGCACAACUUGCUUAUUUUAAUCCCUUCCCCUCCCCUCUCCCAUUCCUCCUUCCUCCUCUAAUUCUCCUUUCCCCACUUUCUUUCUUGUUAAUAUUAUUACUCUUAUGUUUAUGACAUAUACUGUUUACAGUCAUUGAAGUAACGAGGUUCUUGUACAUGGUAUAACCUUAUUCGGCUUAUUUCCCCUCCCCCUUGUCCCUUCCCCUUAGUGUCUGGGGCCCCUUCCCAUUUAUAAGAAAUCCAUAUGA